UUGUAAAUAAAAUAAAUAGAUUAUUCAAAACAUUUUUAAGAAAUUGGAGUUAAGUAUACUGAUGAGAAGAACAGAUAUAUUGAAAUCACAAAGAAUGAAUCGAUCCCAUAAGCUCAAAAACCAGUUUACUCCUACAAGAACAACUACCCAUCACAAUGUGAGAUGAAGUGUCAGAAGGAGUACGAGUAAAUAAAGCUCAGAAGAUUAACAUGAGGCAGUUCUUUAGCAUAAACCCUGACCUUGUUAGGAACCAUCUCACCUCAACCCAGUGCUCAACCAGGAGUUAUAAUCCAAUGAGUCAAAGCCAGAAGACGUUCAGCAUCACUCCUAAGGGAAAGAUAAUCAAGAAGGAAAAUAUAACGCUUAAGAUAUCAAAGAUAAACAACGCAUUAUUACCAGAUUUGAAGAAGAUUCCCCAAAAAGCGAGUAAGAACUUGUUCCCUAAGCCUGAGACUUCAGUGAGCAAUUUCACCACACAAGGUCGUGCUAGGUUUAAGAAUAUUUUUCCGAAAAAAUUCAAUACAGAGAUGCACAAAUUAGAGAUAAAAGCUCCUAGAAAACAAGUACAAACUGCCAGGAAGAGCAGCCGCACUAAGAAGAAGAAAAUAGAUGGGUUUCUUGAAAGCCAGAGGAAGCUCAAAUUCGGCAAUAUCGAUAUCAAUAAUGUCAACCAGUUGAGAGCUAGCUGCUCUAAACCAACAUUGGAACUUUUAGAUUUCUCCUCAUCAAGUAAUGAUUCUGAUGAAGACUCACUUAGCUCUUUGAAAGCUUUCAAAAGAACUUCGGUGAUCCAGAUUGGGAAUUUGGAAAAUAAAGAUAUUGUUAAAGCAAAAGAGGUUUAUGGAGCCGUCAAGAACCCUAGAAAAGAAGAGAGUGAGCCAUACGAUCACUUCUUGAAGAAAUGCAACAUGCUUAAGCUUGUUCCCUCCCCCAUGGGAAUCGUAAAGAAGGCUAAAGAGAUGGGAGAAAUUGUAAAACUCAAUGGAUACAAAAUCGGAAAUGAUUAUGCUGAAAUUUUCGGAAAGAUCUUCAAAAAGACGAAUCAGAGGAUCGUCACACUUGAAAUGAGGAGCAAUAAACUUGAAGAUAAAGGUGCCAUACCUAUCAUAAAUAACCUCAAUGAGUUUAUUGUUACUAUUGAUUUAUCCAGCAACAAUAGAAUAGGUACUGAUUCAUAUCAGCUAUUGAGCGAGAAGAUGAGCUCGAAGUUUUUCAGACUUAAGAAAUUAUCACUAGACCAUAACAAUAUUUCAAAGAGCAGUUUCAAAGCACUAUGAGAUGGCAUUGCUUAUAGUACAUCACUGAAGACUCUUAACCUAAAUCAUAACAAUUUCCAGAAUGAGCAUGCUUGCAUUCUUGCAGAGGUCCUCCAGGAUUGAGCUCUCAAGAUGCUUUUUAUAGCCUGGAAUAAGAUCAGAGAUAAGGGAGCCGUUGCAAUUUUCAACGCUUUGAGGAAUAAUCAUUCUUUACAAAUAUUGGAUGCCUCAUUUAACUCUUUAAGCUCCUCAAUGAAGAGAGGCUAUGGAAAUAUUAGCCAUAAUUCUCUUUGUACUAAUGAGGAAGGGAGAAAUAUAUGUAAAAGUGCUAUAGCUCUGAAUCAAAUGUUUGAGAAAAAUUCAACUCUGAUUCAUAUGGAUCUGAGCCAUAACUGCUUCUCUGAUGAAGACUGAAAAGAGAUCUCGAAAGGUCUGGACAAAAAUAAACAUUUAUUAGGACUUCAUAUGGUGGGAAAUUCUAGAGAUACAAGUUCUCUAGGGUUCCUGGACAAAAUUCUUAACGAUGAUCCUGCAGCUGCUCAUAUACACACCAGGAUUCAUGAGAGUCUCGAAACUGGAGUACUAACUGAGAGGAAAAGACAAUUCAAAGUCUCUUCUAAUUGAUGGAUUUGAGAAGGAUGGACCCAGCAUGAGUUCAAGUUUAUACCAAGAAAAUCUACAGAAGAUAUUAUCGAUCAAUUCACCCCAGUUUACUUACAUCUAGAUUGUGAUGAAUAUGAACCAGACUUAAUGAUCAGGGAUCCUACAACUGGCAUUCACUCUAUUAAGAGAAUGAUACCUCCAAGAGAGGUGAGGUAUUUCUUUACAUUUGGAGACCAUCAUAUAAGGAUUGCAAAAGAUCAGAACAUUGCUCCUAAUUUAUUCAGAGAUGAGGAUUUGGAUGUGCACCAUGAGCUUCAUAUGAGUGUUCCUCAAAUCAAUACCUAUGAGAACUCUCACCAGAUAAAAUCUCUAAUAACUGAGGAGUUUUUGGAUAAGAUGGCUGUGAAGCCUCGUCCUGAUCCCAAAUAUCCACUAAUGAGAAUAAGACCUAAAACUCCUUGGGAUUUUAGCAAAAGUAUUUUUGCUGCUUAUAAGCAAGAUACGGAAGAAUUACUCAAUAGCUGACUUAAUGAAGAUUGGGGUAAAUCCAGAAUUCCUAAAAUCCUCGAUGAUGAAGAAGUUGAAGAUGUAAAGGAAUUUCUUAACAGCAAGUAUAAAAGCAUCCGUGAGCUAUACAAAUACUAUGCUGGUAUUUUUCCUUCCAACGGGGUAUUUUGUAUCUCAAAGACAUUAUUCAACGAGAUCGUGAACAACAUCCAGCCAUCAAUAAUAGACAAUAACUUAUCAAUUUCUGCAAUAGAUCUUGAAUUCAUUACAACAAUUUCAGGAUUUAAAACAGGAAAUCUAAAUCCUAACCGAGACUUGAUCCGUUUCCAGCUGCUAGAACUCCUGGUCCGUUUGGGAAUUCAUAAAUACUACAAGAGUAAUAUCUCCGCCACAAAAUUUGAUGCAAUAAAGGAGUUCUUCAACAAGGACCUAGGCAGCUUCCUCGAGAAAUUCCAGUCUUACAAAUGGAGGGAAGAAGAGUACUUCUGUGAAGAAGUAGAAUAUAUCCUGAAGGAGUACAUGCCGCAGCUUGAUCAACUGUUUAAUAUGUACUCUGGAAAAUACACCUUGCCUUCUCAACCCAAGUUUGUCAGCCUUGAGGAGUUCCAAGAAAUGAUUGCUACUAGUGGGAUUCUUUCUCUAAAUAUUGCCAAUAAGGAUAUAGGAAAAUACUAUAACCUCUCUCUUGAGACUGAGAUUGAUGAACUAGAAACUGAAAAGCACAUGCAAAUGUUCAAGCUAGAGUUUUACGAAGCCAUUGCUAGGUGUGCAGAUAAGAUUGUAUAUGAUACUGAUAAAAUCGACCCUAAUUCUUUGGAUAAUAACAAAACUCAGAAAAAGAGCAGAAAGAUGACAAAUGACUGUGAUAUGGUACCUAGCAUUAACAUUGAGGAUAGCAACUCUGAAGAUCUUAUUUCGCAGUCUAAUUCGAGUAUGAUCAGUGAUAAAGUUGACCCUAAGAACGAUAUGACUCCUAUUAUUAUGAGUGAUUUUAUGAAGAGGAAAAGUCUCGCUUUCAAAUCCAAAAUAGAAGACCAGCAAAAUGAUGAUGCAUCAGAUUAUUCACUCGAACAAGGAGGAGAGAAGCUAUACCAAAAACUUGAGAAAUUCUUGAAGGUUUUAAUUCAAAAUUGAUUCAGCAAGAAACUUAAGAGGAUGAAUACCAAACAGAGCCAAAACUUGAGUGCAAGGACAAACGCUUAUUUCUUAGAUGGGAAAGAUAUCAAUAAUAAAAAAAAUAGUAACUCUUUUCUAAUGGAUGAGCCGAAGUACACAUUUAAUAGAGCUCUGACUAAAAAUGUUCAAGAUAAAGUGCUUAGCAAUGGCGAAAGUAGUAUCAACAGGCAAUAUGUCCCUCAGCAGACAUCUAGUAGUGCAAACUUUCUGAAGGUCACAAUAUAAUGGCCUAAGAAUCGGCUAGAAGACAUUUUGAUAAUUAUUAAAUA